ACGUCCGGGAAGCUUCCUUCCAUGACCGAAUACCGUGUUUACCAACACCGCCCUUCUGGAUUCAAUCACCAGUCACCUUGAGGCUUGGCUCUGCGGAGGCAGUUUUCGUGUGGUCUCCGACUCGUACCAGCCGCCUACCGGGAGAACCCGGAACGAUGAAUUCCAUCAAUCGGGAGACGGUCCGCCCUUCCUCUCACUCAGGGACAACAUUGCAGCAUGCUGUGAAAAGAGGAUCUUCUGUCUUGGUUCACUUGCAUCCGCAGCAUACCAUGCGGUCUCCUUUGGGACGUCACUUUCAUUUACAAUAAAAUGUGCGCGUCGAAGGGAUGUAACGGAAGCCGCCAUGCAUGAUGGAUCAAACACCCCCGUUGAAUGUGAGCUGCCCUGGGCAAUCACGGCGUUAUUCCUGCAUGGCGGGAGGAAGCCAUGGCCACCUACGUGUCAUUGCUGGUCUUGCCACCAUCCCUGAAUACAGGCAAUCUCCUGAUGAGGCCGUAAGGCCUCAACGCCAUGCCUGCCGGCAGAAAAUAUUAAAAGGUACUGGACAUACGCCUCCCACGCUGCUCCAUGUGCAGUCCUCCUUCUCUACUGAUCUCCAUCCUAUCCCAAAAUCUCGCUGAGCAGCUGGACUCCAAUCCCAUCCCAUUUUUUCAAGAUGAUGUCACAAACAUGUCGAAACAGCGUGGAGAGCGUCAUGCCUUACUUCACCGUGAGCAUGGGCCAAGCCGCCAUCACAUCGCCUUCCCUGUGGAAGACACUUCUCCGGUCAUACUCCCACAUCAACCAGACAUACAACCUCCCAGACGCCCAUGGUGUCCUUUCUAGUCAGGCUGGUCUCAAGAGCAUAUUGAACACCACUUUUGACCGUGAGGCUCAAGCUUUCUUGGACCGCCACUCCGAAAACCUCGAUGUCCUGGACGACUCUCUCAACGGUCCGGCCAAGGCACGCCUGCUCGCCAGGGCUGUCGCUGGUGUCGUUGCCGUCUUUGAGCACCUGUCUGCAUGCGGUGGUGGGAUCACACAGGAGGUCUUCGAUCAACAAGUACAGCAUUUCGCCGAGAGUGAUCAGUGCAGAAGAAUCAUUGCGAAGAUUGAAGAGAGCAAGGUCUUUUCCCGCUGCUACGCAAAAAGCCAGCUCGCAGACGUGAUCUGCCAGGCGGUUGAAGAUGGCUCCGACACGGCGAGUCUUGGUCUCGGAGAGGAUGAUCAGGCUGCGAUUGAGUGGGCAUCCGAACUGCCCUCGAGGAACAUGGGACUUCCUUGGGGUUUCACGAUCCUCGCGUUGAAUUGAGACAGAGGACUUUACGGUGUUAAUGAGACAUGUGGUAGUACGAAAGGGGGGCCACGGCCAUGGCGCUUGGGGGACAUCGGGUAUAGAAUUUGUCCUAACGCGAGCUGUAAUUCAACCAACUACUCAUGCUUUUCUGUAACGUCGGGUCAUCACCGACCUCACGCCGCCGCGUUUGCUUGUUGCUGUUGGCCUUGGGCGCUCGCCUGUAUUUGGAUGAUUUCACCCUUCUUCUUAUCCAGCUUGCUCUGAAUG